AUGGCAGUGAAUCCUUUGUUGGCACAGGAUGGGGCCAACCACUCGCUUUUCCCGAUGCCAGAAGCCGGAGAGGCAUUUGUGCUCAAGAGGGACAAUAUUGACUUCGAGUGCUCACUCCCGCGUGGCGGCAAGCUUUGGGGCAGGGGAUCCUUUUUCCUCUCCUCCAAGCGCAUCGUUUUUGUUGCGCUGGACAAGUCAUGCCGUCAAGACUUUCGAUCCUUCUCAAUUCCACUUCAGACCUUAAGGAAGCCAAAAUUCGAGCAGCCAAUCUUCGGUGCCAACUACUUGGCAGGAUCUACUCGACCCCUGCCUGGAAUGGAAGCCGACCAGACGGCAGCUCCCCUGAUGGGUGGAGACACAGUUUUCUAUCUCACUUUCCGUGGAGGAGGUUGCAAUACUUUCCUGCAGCUGCUUUUCCAGCUCCUGUCUGAGGUCCAGGCUCAGAACGCGCAAAACACGAUUGCACAAGCCGCGCAGGAAGGCCGCCUGAAUCAGGUGGCUUACGUGGAUCCCAGCGAUCCGUCGGUGCUUUAUCUUUCUCAGCCCACUGCGGUGGCGGGUUCAGAGGAACAAACAAACUUCCAGAUGGAUGCCCCUUCUGCGCCGCCAGCUGAAG